CCUAAGAGUGCAGAGGGAUACUUUUCUCUAAGUGCCUGAGAAAAGAGCAAGGCAGAACUGUUGUCACAGGCGUCUUCUGCUCCGCUCCGGCAGCUGGAUCAGAAAGAUGCCUCUGUCCCUGCUGCUCGCCUGCCUCUUCACCACCGUCACCUUGCAGUCACCCGUGGCCCUAGAUCCUUGUUCUGCUUAUAUCAGUCUGAAUGAGCCCUGGAGGAACACUGACCACCAGUUCGAUGAGUCCCAAAGUCAGCCUCUCUGCGACAACCAUAUGGAUGGGGAGUGGUACCGCUUCACAGGUAUGGCAGGGGACGCCAUGCCCACCUUCUGCAUACCAGAAAAUCACUGCGGGACCCAUGCACCUGUCUGGCUCAAUGGCAGCCACCCCCUAGAAGGGGAUGGCAUUGUGCAACGCCAGGCCUGUGCCAGCUUCAAAGGGAACUGUUGUCUGUGGAACACCACGGUGGAGGUCAAGGCCUGCCCUGGAGGUUACUACGUGUAUCGUCUGGCCAAGCCCAGCGUCUGCUUCCACGUCUACUGUGGACAUUUCUAUGACAUCUGUGAUGAGGAUUGCCAUGGCAGCUGCUUGGAUACCACUGAGUGCGCAUGCUCUCCGGGAACCUCGCUGGGCCCAGAUGGGCAGACUUGCUUCGACGAAAAUGAGUGUGAGCACAACAAUGGUGGCUGCAGUGAGAUAUGUGUGAACCUCAAAAACUCACACCGCUGCGCAUGCGGGGUCGGCCGCGUGCUCAGGAGCGACGGAAAGACUUGCGAAGACAUCGAAGGAUGCCACAGUAACAAUGGCGGCUGCAGCCACUCCUGCCUUGGGUCUGAGAAGGGUUAUCAGUGCGAAUGUCCUCGGGGUUUGGUGCUGUCCGAAGAUAACCACACUUGCCAAGUCCCUGUGUUGUGCAAGUCCAGCGCCAUUGAAGUGAGUGUCCCCCGGGAGCUGGCUGGAGGCCUGGAGCUCUUCCUGACCAACACCUCCUGUCGAGGAGUGUCCAAUGGCACCCACGUCAACAUCGUCUUCUCCCUCAAGACCUGCGGCACCGUGGUCGACGUGGUGAAUGACAAAAUCGUGGCUAGCAACCUCGUGACGGGUCUGCCCAAGCAGACCCCUGGGAGCAGCGGGGACAUCAUCAUUCGAACCAGCAAACUGCUGAUCCCGGUGACCUGCGAGUUCCCACGCCUGUACACCAUCUCAGAAGGGUACGUGCCCAACCUGCGCAACGCCCCACUGGAAAUCAGGAGCCGGAACCACGGCAUCUUCCCCUUCACACUGGAGAUCUUCAAGGACCACGAGUUCGAGGAACCGUACCGGGAGACUCUGCCCACGCUCAAGCUUCGAGACUCACUCUACUUUGGCAUCGAGCCCCUGGUUCAUGUGAGCGGCCUGGAGAGCCUGGUAGAGAGCUGCUUUGCCACGCCCACUGCGAAGGUGGACGAAAUCCUCAAGUACUACCUGAUCCGGGACGGCUGUGUUUCCGAUGACUCAGUAAAGCAGUACUCAUCCAGGGACCACCUAGCAAAGCACUUCCAAGUCCCCGUCUUCAAGUUUGUGGGCAAAGACCACAAGGAGGUCUUUCUACACUGCCGGGUCCUUGUGUGUGGGGUGUUGGAUGAACGUUCCCGCUGUGCCCAGGGGUGCCACCGGCGAGUGCGUCGUGAGGUGGGUGAAGACGAGGACUCUGCUGGGCUGCAGAGCCAGACACUGACAGGCGGCCCCAUCACCAUCGACUGGGAGGAGUAGUUCCUGCUCCCUGGCUUCCAGCUGACCUCUCAAGAAUGACUUCCUGUGUCCUCGGGGAGCAUCAGAGAACCUCCUGAGAUACCUGGCUUCUUUAAAUCCUGUACUGUGAGUUUAGACAAGCCCGCUCCACGACAGGACUGGCUGGCUUUGUGCCUGUGUUGGUCCAAAUCGCAGCACUGCUGGCCCAUGUGGCCUAGGCGGGCCUCAGCUUCUGGAUUCAAAGAAUUGUAUCUGUCCUCAUGGGAGGGCAUCUCCUUCACUUCCUCCGUUCCUUUCUUACAAUGAAAUACCUCGUUUAUGAUGUAACAGGACCUCUAACAUGAGGGUUGGGAUGGCAUUCCAAGUCAAAAACCUAAAAUAAUUAAUUACUAAAACAUAACCCAUGACUUCCUAAACAUCUAAUAAUUGUGACCUAACUCCAACCCCAGUAUAGACUAUUUAAAGAAGAGUUGAGAGUUUAUCAAUAAAAAUAAUGUGUAAGAGAAAACACAAUAG